AGUCGCCCAACCAACUGAGCCAGGCGCCCCCAAAGUAAUGCAGAUUUUAGAAAAGUCAAUGUUAGAAUGGAAGGGGAAAAUCCUUGAAAGAUAUUUCAUAAAAUAUUACAGACUUUGUCAUUUCAUACCCUUGGAUAUUUUUGCGUGAUUUUAGUAAUUUGUUUCUUAAUAAUUAAUGGAAGUGGGACAAUGGAAGGAGUAUAUGGGAAACAAGUCGUGCAUUGCUAAUUACUGAAGCUGAGUGAUGGGUAUACGGGAUCUAGAAAUACCUGGACAUAUGCACAAAGAUGUAGGUACAACAGGGCUGUUCACUGGGAAAUUUUUUAUAAUAGCUAACCUAGAGCCAGCCUAAAAGUACGGUAGUAGGGAAAUAGUCCAUCGGGGGGGUAUCUUGAUGUUGUGAAAUACUAUACUACAGUCAAAAGGGGACAGACCAGACUCUUGUACAUGUACAGACAUGAAAUAACCCCCAACACUUGCAAGUUACAAAGCUUAGGCGUGGUGCAGUACUCCAUAUAGUAGAUCUCAAAUAUGUCUACGUUAAAAAAAUUGAUAAAGAGGGACUUUAACUUUUUCUUCUACCUUCUUAAGCAUUGCUUAAAUCUUCGUACAGUGAGUUUAGUACUUAUACUUUUAAACACUUAAAAAUGAAUUUAUUCUAGAAACCACAAAAAUAGACUUUGUAUGUUACAGGCAGGGUACCUGAAUGUUUAGUAGACUUUAAUACAUACCACAUGUUUUACUUACUUAACAGGCUGGUCGUCUGAUGAUAAGGAAAUUAGUUGCAGAGAAAUUGAAUAUCCCUUGGAAUAAUAUUCGUUUGCAAAGAACUGCAAAGGGAAAACCAGUUCUCGCAAAAGACUCCUUGAAUCCCUACCCCAAUUUCAACUUUAACGUCUCUCAUCAAGGGGACUAUGCCGUGCUUGCUGCUGAACCUGAGCUACAAGUUGGAAUUGAUGUAAUGAAAACUAGUUUUCCAGGUCGUGGUUCAAUUCCAGAAUUCUUUCAUAUUAUGAAAAGAAAGUUCACCAACAAAGAAUGGGAAACAAUCAGAAGCUUUAAGGAUGAGUGGACUCAACUGGACAUGUUUUACAGGAAUUGGGCACUGAAAGAAAGCUUCAUAAAAGCCAUUGGUGUUGGACUAGGCUUUGAAUUGCAACGGCUUGAAUUCGAUAUAUCCCCAUUAAAUCUGGAUAUCGGCCAAGUUUAUAAGGAAACACGUUUGUUCCUGGAUGGGGAAGAAGAAAAAGAAUGGGCAUUUGAAGAAAGCAAAAUAGACGAGCACCAUUUUGUUGCAGUGGCUCUUAGGAAACCGGAUGGAUCUAGACAUCAGGUUCCAUCUGAAGAUGAUUCUAAACCAACUCAGAGGCAGUUUACUGUUCUCACCUUUAAUGAUUUAAUAUCAUCUGCUGUUCCUAUGACCCCUGAAGAUCCUUCGUUUUGGGACUGUUUUUGCUUCACAGAAGAAAUCCCAAUACGAAAUGGUACAAAGUCAUGAUAGGAGUCCCGGAGUAACAAAGGAAAAUGAAAACUGUUUGUAAUCUUCUGUAUUCACAAAAUAAAUGCCUGAUAGUGUCAAAUUUUAUUUCAAAAACCAGUUUUCAAAAAAAACACAACUUUUCCUAUUAGAAACAGCAGGCUGUCGGUGUGUGUGUCCCUCUUCUUCUCCCCCAUUUGCACGGGAUUGACAAGGGGUAGAAAAGGUAGCAGGACCCUAAAAGUGAUAAGUGCUUGUUGUAGAAAAGAGUAGAAAAUGCAGAUAUGCAAAGAGGAAACAUUCAAAUUCUUACCUUUCGGCGAUCACGAUUCCUAGAACCCGAAGUAUCUUUCUAGACCUUCUAGGCAGAGGAAUCCAUAUUAGUACACCUUUUCUUUAUGGAAACGUAGUGUUGUGUGAUGUUUUAUUGUCCCGACUGCACGUCUCCUGGUCGUCCCCGUGCGUUUGUGGCCCGACGGGUGCUAGAGGCUUCUGCCGUGUGGUCAGUACCGGGAUGCUUUAGACCAGAGCUGACAGUGCCCGACUGUAGUGAAGCUCAGCCGCCUGACCGCACGCACACCGCCCGGCUGCCCUUGAGGGCACUUGGCUCGCCCGAGCCUCACUUGACUGGUUUUGCCUUCAGCUUCUCUCCCUCGUUGUACGAGCUGCUCUUGUAACUUCAGCUCACAUUCGUAGAAUUGUAUCUAAUAGGCUGCAAAGGCCAUUUCUCCUCUCGCAUCUCGUUUCUGUCAGUGAAGAGGACUUGCCCAGAUCCCCGCGUUUCCCCUCAGUUCCUGAUGACUCAGAUCCCUGAGAAGGCUGUUCUCCGACAGUGUCUGCCUCUGCGGGAAGUGGACUCUGGGUGAGGCCGAGGCGCCGUUGGGGGCACAGGCUUGCGGGGAGCAUCCACCGCGCUGCCUGAGGCCCAAGCGAGGUGCACCGCGGUGCUCGACUCCUCACCCGGGCCGGGCGUCCGGAUUGUCUGCGGUUUUUACGAUCAGCAGUGGUGCAGCGAAUGGCACUGUAACCACAUUGUGAGGUACAUGCCUGCUUAGGUCCUUACCAAAAAUUCUACAGGUGGCUCACAAGGCUUGGCGUUCUUAACAGCUUUGAUGAGUAUUCCCAGAUGGCUCCCGAGAGGCCCUGUAAUUCACGCUUCCAGUUAGUGUUAGGUGUGACCAGCCCUUCACCCCACCCACAUUCUCCCUGCUCAGCUGUAGAUAUGAGCCCUUUUUUUAAUUUAAUCUUUGCCAAUAUACGUGAAAAAUGGUACCUUAUUUUUUUAAUUUGUAUCUCUUUAAUUACAAAUGAGAUUGAUACAUCGGUGUUGUUUUUGGCUGUUUUUAUUCCUUUUUUAUGGACCACUCGUUCAUUGUGUUUGCCUGUUUUAAUUUAGCAAGUAGGACUUAAAGGUGGGAACAUAAUAUAUGAGAUGCCAAGACCAUCCUGUCAAUGACAGAAUCACUUCUGUGGCUGUCGUGCAUGUCUUGGGGAGUUAAAGUCUUGUUAAAUAUCGAGAAGUGAAAUAAUUUCAUUGUUUUUGUUACUAAAAUUAAGAAUUGUGUGUAGAUUGUAUAAAAUUAGAUACUUUGUUUAGUAAAAAAAAUUGGAAUGUUUUGUAAUUUUUUUAUUUUAUUAAGCAUGCCCAAAUAUCCCAAGCAUAGUAAGUAAUGUGUUUUUAAAAGAUCAAGUAGCAUCCGAAAUAGGAAACAUUGUUACCCCUAGCAUGAAUGUGAUGGUGAAAUGGAAACCUGUCAUCUGUCUUGUCAUGAUAAUAAAGCAGUUAACUUUCGUGAAUUUU